AUGGUGACAUGCAAGGGGUACAAGCGGCCAGAGGACCCCAGUCCUUGCUGCGAUUCUCUUAGAGAUUAUGGUGCAUGGGCUGCCACCAAGUGCUGGGGGGUGGCUUUCCCUGGGAUCCUGAACAGGAAAGCCUUUGUAAUCACCUGCAGUCAGGGAGGGAGCUGUGUCUUUCUAUCAAUGACAAUUAAAGCCACUGAGAUCAUGUUUGAAGAUGGUAGCCUCCUCCUCUUCAUUCCUCUAUUCAUCAUCUACACAUUUAUUGUUAUCGGGAAUCUCACCGUAUUUUUUGCAGUAAGGAUGGACACCCGUCUCCACAACCCCAUGUACAAUUUCAUCAGUGUCUUCUCAUUUCUGGAGAUCUGGUACACCACAGCCACCAUUCCCAAGAUGCUCUCCAAUCUCAUCAGUGAGAAGAAGACCAUUUCCAUUACUGGCUGCCUCUUGCAGAUGUACUUCUUCCAUUCACUUGGAAAUUCGGAGGGCAUCUUGUUGACCACCAUGGCCAUUGACAGGUAUGUAGCCAUCUGCCACCCUCUCCGUUACCCGACCAUUAUGACCCCCCAGCUCUGUGCUCAGCUCUCUGCAGGCUCUUGCAUCUUUGGCUUUCUUGUGUUGCUCCCAGAGAUUGUGUGGAUUUCCACACUGCCCUUCUGUGGACCAAACCAGAUCCAUCAGAUAUUCUGUGACUUUGAGCCUGUGCUGCACUUGGCCUGUACAGACACGUCAGUGAUUCUGAUUGAGGAUGUGAUCCAUGCUGUGGCCAUCAUCUUUGCUGUCCUGAUUAUUGCUCUCUCCUAUAUCAGAAUCAUCACUGUGAUCCUGAAGAUCCCUUCUGUUGAAGGCCGCCAAAAGGCCUUUUCCACCUGUGUGUCUCACCUUGGUGUCUUUCUGAUGUUCUACGGCAGCGUGUCCCUCAUGUACCUGCGAUUUACUGCCACUUUCCCACCCACUUUGGACACAGUUAUUGCACUGAUGUUUGCCGUUCUUGCACCCUUUUUCAACCCUAUCAUCUACAGCUUGAGAAACAAGGAUAUGAAGGCUGCAAUCAAGAAGCUUCUUUGUGCUGGGUCGCCCGGCUAUCUCGUGGGCUAA